UAGAAAAGUAGGAGGAGCAGACAAAGGAGAAGGAGGGAUGGGGACGCCGCCGUGCUGCAUUCUGGGAAGGGCGCUGCUCCGUCAGCCGCGCAGCCUCCUGGGAGCUGUAGUCGCGACCCUGAGGCAACUGGUGAAUUUUAGAACACCUUGUCAAAUUGCAUGAAACAUUCUAUUGAAAUUUGGAUUAAGAAUGCACUUAAUUUGGGAAGAAAAUAACAUCUUUACAGUAUUAAAUCUUAGCCUUGGCCAGGCACUUUACAUACCUGAUCUAACUUACUCCUUAUAAGCAACGUAAGUUUACACCAUGGAUAGCACAAAGGAAAAGAGUGACUGCACAGAGGAGAAGAAUGACAGUUACAAAGAUGAUAUUCUGCUUAGGAUGGGACUUAAUGAUAAUAAAGCCGGAAUGGAAGGAUUAGACAAAGAAAAAAUUAACAAGAUUAUAAUGGAAGCCACAAAGGGGUCCAGAUUUUAUGGAAAUGAGCUCAAGAAAGAAAAGCAAGUCAACCAACGAAUAGAAAAUAUGAUGCAACAGAAAGCUCAAAUUACCAGCCAACAGCUAAGGAAAGCACAAAUACAGGCUGAUAGAUUUGCAAUGGAGUUGGAACAGAGCCGGGAUCUGAACAAUACCAUAGUGCACAUUGACAUGGAUGCUUUCUAUGCAGCUGUAGAAAUGAGGGACAAUCCAGAAUUGAAGGACAAACCCAUUGCUGUAGGAUCAAUGAGUAUGUUGACUACUUCGAAUUACCAUGCAAGAAGGUUUGGUGUUCGUGCAGCCAUGCCAGGAUUUAUUGCUAAAAGACUCUGCCCACAACUUAUUAUAGUGCCCCCAAACUUUGACAAAUACCGAGCCGUGAGUAGAGAGGUUAAGGAAAUACUUGCUGAUUAUGAUCCCAAUUUUAUGGCUAUGAGUCUUGAUGAAGCCUACUUGAAUAUAACAAAGCACUUAGAGGAAAGACAAAAUUGGCCUGAAGACAAAAGGAAGUAUUUCAUCAAAACAGGAAACUCUCUAGAAAAUGAUAAACCCAGAAAGGAGGUUAAACUGAGUGAGUGUGAACGAUCCAUCUCUCCACUCCUUUUUGAAGAUAGUCCUCCUGAUUUGCAGUCCACAGGAAAUCCUCUCCAAGUGAACUCUGAAGAACCAAAUAAUCCUCAGAUACUCGAAAAUGCAAUUGUUUUUGGAACAUCAGCUGAGGAAGUAGUAAAGGAAAUUCGUUUCAGAAUCGAGCAAAAAACAACACUGACAGCCAGUGCAGGCAUUGCACCAAAUACAAUGUUAGCAAAAGUAUGCAGUGAUAAGAAUAAACCAAAUGGACAAUACCAAAUUCCCCCUAACAGACAAGCUGUGAUGGACUUCAUCAAGGACUUACCCAUUAGAAAGGUUUCUGGAAUAGGAAAAGUUACAGAGAAAAUGUUAAAGGCCCUGGGAAUUAUGACUUGUACAGAACUCUAUGAACAGAGGGCAUUACUCUCUCUCCUUUUCUCUGAAACAUCUUGGCAUUAUUUCCUUCAUAUCUCCCUGGGUCUAGGUUCAACACACCUGGAAAGGGAUGGAGAGAGGAAAAGCAUGAGUGUCGAGAGGACAUUCAGUGAGAUAAGUAAAGCAGAGGAACAGUACAGCUUGUGCCAAGAACUUUGCAGUGAACUUGCUCAAGAUCUGCAGAAAGAAGGACUUAAGGGCAGAACUGUUACCAUUAAGCUAAAGAAUGUGAAUUUUGAAGUAAAAACUCGUGCAUCUACAGUUUCGUCUGUUGUUUCUACUGCAGAAGAAAUAUUUGCUAUCGCUAAAGAAUUGCUAAGAACAGAAAUUGAUGCUGAUUUUCCACAUCCAUUGAGAUUAAGACUUAUGGGUGUGCGGCUAUCUAGUUUUCCCAAUGAAGAAGACAAAAAACACCAACAAAGGAGCAUUAUUGGCUUCUUACAGCCUGGAAACCAAGCCCUAUCAGCCACUGGGUGUAUACUAGAGAAAACUGACAAAGAUCAGUUUCUAAAACCUCUAGAAAUGUCUCAUAAGAAGAGUUUCUUUGAUAAAAAGCGAUCUGAAAGGAAAUGGAGCCACCAAGACACAUUUAAAUUUGAAACUGUAGAUAAACAGAGUUUACAGACAUCACAAUCAUUCCAAGUUUUAAAGAAGAAGAUGAGUAAGAAUUUAGAAACACUGGAGAAUUCAGAUAACUGUCAGAUAUUUACCUGUCCUGUUUGCUUUAAGGAGCAAGGAAGCGUCAGUCUGGAAGCCUUUAAUAAACAUGUAGAUGCAUGUCUUGAUGGACCUUCAGUCAGUGGAAACUCUAAAAUGUCCUCAUGUUCACAUGCUUCCUCUACAGAAGUGAACAAGAUAGAAACUGUACAUGAUUCUGUUUCACUCUGUGAGAAGCAGGAUUAUGAAACCCAUCAGAGGAAUAUAGAGGUCACCCCAGCAGAAUCUGUAGAGUUGGUAGAGACCAUCAGUAACUCACCUAAAACAGAAGAUGUAGAUGCUGAAAGUAAUAAGCACAGCAAAGAGGAAGGUUCUAAUCUUCCAAGCAAAUCGUUUAAUAUUGAAUACUGUGCUCAGAAUUCUUCUUGUACUGUUUCAUUGGAAAAUGAAGAUGUCGGGUCAUUAAGAAGGCAAGAAUCCUCCCAACCUUACUUAUGUGAAGUGACCAGUGACCAAGCUCUAGUUUGUCCUGUUUGUAAUCUAGAACAAAAGACAUCAAAUCUUACCUUGUUCAAUGUGCAUGUGGAUGUUUGCUUAAAUAAAGGCAUUAUCCAGGAACUGAGAAAGGAUAAGAUUAAUCCAGUUAAUCAACCCAAAGAAAGCACCAAAAGUACUGGUAACUCAGGAAAACUACAGAAGAUUGGAACAAAAACAAAAAGGCCAGGACUGAUGACAAAGUACUCGGCAUCAAAGAAAACAAAACCAAACAAUCCCAGACACACCCUUGAUGUAUUUUUCAAAUGAAUGUUGAACAUUCUAUGAUUAAUUUUUGAUUGAAACUUGUUAUUUCAUUAUCAAUGAAUGUAUUCUUCCUCAUUUCAAGUUUACAGAUUCAUUUAGUGAAAGGCAAGUGCAAUAAUCCCUCCCCAAAUGACAUUUCCUUCAUAUGAAUUUGGAAUAUAAACUAAUCUACUUCUGUGUAUUUGUUUGAUAACCAUGAGAAUUUCACUUGUUUGAUACUUCAAUCAGAAAUCAGUCCUCUUAGAGAUAAUUUUAAAAUGAGAAGUUAGGAAUGGGAUCAGGAAGUGAUUUCUUUCUUCAUUAUAUUUUAUAGUGAAUAUAAAAACAUAUUUAUAAGGGGUCUCAGGUUCUAACAAACCUAUUUUAGCGUAAGAAUUUUUCAGCACUUAACUACUUUGUCGGCACUGGGCUGCUAUAUUUGAUCUUAGUAUCUUCUUCAGCUUUGUAUAUUCAUAUUUUAGCUCCUAGUAUCUUCAGAUACCUCAUGAGCAUUCAUAAUUAAUAUUUAUCAUAAGUUCUCUGAAGAACAUUAGUUUAGCAGAACUAGCAUAAGUGGUUUUGUUACCUUCAGGAAAAUAGUGUCAUAAUAUUUUCUGUGUGAAAAGAAUUUUUGUUUAAAAUAUAGUUAUUCACUUGAUUUUUUUACUUUAAAAUCUCUUUAUCUAAUGAAUAAGCACUUGGUUCACUUUUUAAAAGUUUAGCAUAGAUUCAAGGUAAUUAUUUUCUUAUCUGGGACUUUUAAAUGGCAGUAUUUCAUUUCUUGGCAGUUAUAUUUGUACUUUACACACGUCUGUAAAAAAGGAUAAAUUGUACACUCACUUUAUUAUUAUAACCUUCUAGAGAAAAAUAUACAAUUCAAAAUAUUAAUGUGUAUUAAAAUACCUCAUUUAUCUUAGUUAUAUUUCUAUCAUGUUUUUUUUAAUACUCAUGAAAGAAGACAGCUUAACAGUAGUUAGCUUAAGCAGUUACGCCAAAUACUUCUGUGCUAUCAGUAAGACUUUUUAUUAAAAAACAAUUAUUUAAUUGAAACAUGAAGAUGGAAACAUUUUCUGUUACUGCUGUAAGGAACCAAAUCUUUUGUUCUCAUGUAUUUCUUCUUACUUUAUAACUCAUUACAUAAAUUUAUAAAGAAAUAAUAUUUUAGGAAUAGCUUAAAUUAGAAUAUUGUACAACCUUUGGAAAGUGGUAACUGGACUUUAAAUCACUAGAUUGUUUAAAAUUAGGCUUAAUGUUUAUUAGCAUGCCAGUCUUAUGCCUAAUUUAUUAUAUGCCAAGGCAAAUACCCACUUGUAGAGCUAUGGUUCUUGAUUGUAUGAUUUACUUUUAUAGAUUCUGUACAAAAUUAAGUUCAAUGAAACACUGAUUUAGUGUAUUGAAAAGUGGAUAGCACCAUAUUUCAUUUUUUUCUAUCUUGUUUCAAGUUUAUUUUUAUUGUGUUUUCAACAUUAGAGUAAAUACUAAAUUAUUUUCAUUUAGAUGUUUCAUUAAUUGAAUGUUAUCAUUUAGUAAUGUUUAAUAAAAAUUUAAAAUGAAA